AUGGACUUCUUCUACGAUUCAGCAGACGAUUUAGCCACCAGCCGCUGUGAGGCGCUCAAAGAUCCCAGCUAUGUGAACCUUGCCUUGUCAAUCUUCAUCCUCCUCGGAAUCCUCGUAUCCUACCUCCCACAGCAUUAUCGAAUUAUCGCAAGAGGAACAUCCGAAGGAAUCUCCCCCUAUUUCAUCCUACUAGGAACUACCUCCGGAACAUGUGCGCUUGCGAAUAUCUUGGUCCUUCCAGUCUCCCGAGCAGAUGUAGCAUGCUGCAAGACGGUCAGUCCGUUUGAGUGUAUGGCUGGUCUUUUGGGUAUUGCACAAGUCGGGAUACAGUGGUUCUGCUUCACUGUCAUUCUCUUCUUAUUCCUCAUCUUCUUCCCCAGAGGUCCAGCCCUCCCAAACAAUAGCAAGGAGAACCAAUACACAUGGAAAACCGCCGUCUCGGUCGCAUUUGCCUGCUUACUAUGGGGCCUGAUCAUCAUUUUCGUCAGUGUCGGCUUAAUAUUCGCACGACCAUAUCAGCUGGGUAUCUGGGCAAAUACUCUGGGUAUUACGGGAACGGUACUUGCUGCUAUACAAUACCUACCACAGAUAUGGAUGACGUGGAAGCUGGGGGAUGUAGGGAGUCUGAGUAUUCCCAUGAUGCUUAUUCAGACUCCUGGCAGCUUUGUGUGGUCUGGGAGUCUGGCUGCAAGAUUGGGAUGGGCAGGGUGGAGUAUUUGGGGGUUAUUUCUUGUUACCGGGUGUCUGCAGGGAUGUUUGUUAGUAAUGGGUAUCUGUUUUGAGGUUAAGGCAAGACGGGCGAAGAUGAACAGUGAGGAAGAAGUCGUAAGUCAUGUUGUGGGUCUCGAACUUGCUGGAAGCAAUGCUAAAUUGAAGCAGCACUCAAAUGCCAGGUGCAUUGUGGGCUAUAUCCAAACCGAGGGAGAUUCUAUCGAGACGGAUGAUGAAGGGAACGCAGAGGUAGAAAAUGAGGGCACAGAGAGACAACCGCUUAUUCCAGGGAAGUCCUCUCGGAAAUCGAACGGGGGCAAACUGUAG